CCAUUUUGUUUCACCGGGAGUAAAGAAACCAACCUGAAAAGCACCGGCGUGAAUAUUUUCCCUCAUUUGGAUCACCUUCAUCACGGCGGAUCAGCAUCGUGCACCCAAGUUUAGAUUCGCAUGAUGUCUGGAGACAUGGCCACAGAUCAUGUAAACGGGAACGGUACGGAGGAACCAAUGGACACUACAGCUGCGGUGACCCACUCGGAACAUUUCCAGGCUUUACUGGAAGCUGGUUUACCUCAGAAAGUUGCUGAGAAACUCGAUGAACUUUAUGUAGCAGGACUGGUAGCACAUAGCGACUUAGACGAAAGGGCAAUUGAAGCUUUGAAAGAAUUCAAUGAGGAGGGAGCCCUGCAAGUGCUGGUCCAGUUCAAAGAGAGUGAUCUGUCACAUGUGCAAAACAAAAGUGCCUUUCUCUGUGGGGUAAUGAAGACUUACAGGCAGAGAGAGAAACAAGGGACUAAAGUUUCAGAUUCCACUAAAGGACCAGAUGAGGCUAAAAUCAAAGAACUCUUGGACAGAACCGACUACACACUUGACGUAACAACAGGCCAGCGAAAGUAUGGCGGGCCUCCACCUGAGUCGGUGUACUCAGGUACCCAACCCACUGUUGGAACAGAGAUAUUUGUUGGGAAGAUUCCCCGCGACUUGUUUGAAGAUGAGCUGGUUCCUCUCUUUGAGAAGGCUGGGCCUAUCUGGGACCUCAGGCUAAUGAUGGACCCGCUGAGUGGCCUGAACAGGGGAUACGCCUUUGUUACAUUCUGCACUAAAGAAGCGGCCCAGGAGGCGGUGAAGCUGUGUAAUAAUCACGAGAUUCGCCCUGGCAAGCACAUUGGGGUGUGUAUAUCUGUCGCCAACAACAGGCUAUUCGUUGGCUCCAUUCCCAAGAGUAAAACAAAGGAGCAGAUUGUUGAAGAGUUUUCUAAAGUUACAGAGGGCCUCAGUGACGUCAUACUGUACCAUCAACCCGACGACAAAAAGAAGAACCGAGGUUUCUGCUUCCUGGAGUAUGAAGACCACAAAACAGCUGCUCAGGCACGCCGCCGGCUAAUGAGCGGCAAGGUGAAGGUUUGGGGCAACAUAGUGACGGUGGAGUGGGCCGAUCCCAUUGAAGACCCUGACCCAGAAGUCAUGGCCAAGGUGAAGGUUUUAUUUGUGAGAAACCUUGCAAAUGGUGUUACAGAGGAAAUCCUGGAGAAGUCCUUCAGUGAGUUUGGAAAGCUGGAGCGAGUUAAGAAGCUCAAGGACUAUGCCUUCAUUCACUUUGAGGAGAGGGAUGGAGCAGUGAAGGCGUUGGAAGAAAUGAACGGAAAGGAGCUGGAAGGAGAGCCGAUUGAGAUAGUUUUCGCCAAGCCACCAGAUCAGAAAAGGAAGGAACGAAAGGCCCAGAGACAAGCAGCCAAAACACAAAUGUAUGAUGACUAUUACUACUACCCUCCCCCUCCCCACAUGCCUCCCCCUGUUAGAGGCCGGGGCAGAGGUGGCAACCGGGGCGGAUACGCAUACCCUCCUGACUACUACGGUUAUGAGGACUACUAUGACUACUACGGCUAUGACUAUCACAACUACCGUGGCGGCUACGACGACCCAUAUUAUGGGUAUGACGACUUCCAGGCCCCAGGCCGAGGGCGGGGCGGUAGCAGGGGCUCCCGGGGUGGAGCCUCACCGGCCAGAGGACGUGGCGGCGCCGGGGCACCCAGAGGCAGGGCCAACUUCUCCCAGCGUGGUGGGCCCGGACCAGGCCGCGGCGGGCGGGGCGCAAGAGGAGGCGUGCAGCCAAGAGGGCGAGGAGGGGUACGUGGUGCGCGGGGUGGCCGCGGUGGAAAUGUAGGAGGAAAGCGCAAAGCUGAUGGGUACAACCAGCCAGAUUCCAAGCGUCGCCAGACCAAUAAUCAGAACUGGGGCUCUCAACCCAUUGCUCAGCAACCGCUCCAAGGUGGUGAUCAUUCUGGUAACUAUUCCGGUUACAAAUCUGACAACCAGGAAUUUUAUCAGGAUUCUUUUGGGCAACAGUGGAAGUAAACCAGUAGGGCUUUGAUAACAAAAUACGUGUUUAUGGUUUUUGUUUUUGUCUUUUUAUUUAGAGACUUGAUCUGAUUGGCCCUCAAUCCCAUACGGUUGCCUGCAUUUUUUCCUCAAAAUUGGUGACAUCUGGCAAGAUAUCUUUUUGUACAUAUUUUAAUAAUCCGCUUGGACUCAAACCGUAGUCACACUCCCACCUGUUUCUGGCGAACUGGUUUUCUUUUUUUCCUUUUGUUUUUGUUUUUUUAAGAUGGUCGUAAAAAGAUUUUCCAUAACAAAGUUUGAAAAAAUUUUUAGAUGCAAUUCUGUGCUCGAGCUGUCUAUUUGGCUAUAGCUUUAUGUAUGUUUUUAGAAAUUCUGGUUUCCAUGUUUUAAGUAGCUAACAGCAACAAAGCAUAUGUCUCCUAAACAUGUAUUUAAAACAAAUGAAAAUACAAUUUGUACUGUCACAAAGUAAUGCGUGUCUUGUUAUUGAAAAGAAAAAAAAGGACCAUCGUAGUCCUAUUUUUUGGCUUUACAUUUUGGCUUGUAUUCUUUGCUGUUUGUCUGCUUUAAUAAACAUACACGCACACGUGUACAAAACUUCAAA